CCUCGCCUGCGGGGAGCCCCGCCCGGUCGCGGGACGCGUGCUGCUGGUCUGGAUCCGCGCCUUUUCCUCCGGAUCUGAAUCAAAGCUCUGUCUUCUUCACUGGGUGACUCAGAGGAAAAGAAGAGGAUACGGUGCCCAGAAUCCUGCUUUCGCCUCUCCAGACAUUUAGACCAUUCUCCAGUUCCUCAGGCCCUUCAGCUCACCCAAGAAGUCAGAAGGUUCCAUUUCUUCAUCACAGUACAUGCAUACAGCCGGCAGAGAGCAAAGUUUGGUUAUCACCUUGGCACUGCUUAGCUCUGUGAUGCUGAAGACAUUCUCAUUUCUGUGCAUUACAGAAGAGAUUCAGAUUUCCAGAGUUUGUAAGCUUUGGAAGAUGCUAGUUGAGCAUUCUGCACUAUGGAGACAUGUACCUGACACCUUACAGGCUUUGCCUGCUUAGUGCUUGGACUGUCUGAGAGCGAGAACCCGAGAAAGACACCUGGCAACUGAGUUAGUGACAAUGCAGCCACUGGAAUCAGUGACAUUUGAAGAUGUAGCUAUAGACUUCACCAAGGAAGAGUGGGACCUGCUGGACAUAUCCCAGCGAAAGCUGUUCAGGGAUGUCAUGCUGGAAAAUAUACGUCACCUUGUCUCCCUGGGAUAUCAGCAUUGCAAAUCAGAUUUGAUUUUCCAGUUGGAGCAAGGACAAGAGCUGUGGAGUGAAGGAACUAGAUUUCUUCAAGGUCAGAGCCCAGGCAGGGGAAAUGCCUUUAAGGAGCAAGAAAUGAUAGCCACACAACGUAUCAGCAGGAAGGACACAUCUGCAAUCAUGCCAGUGCAGGAAUCUCAUACUCCAGAGGAUCCCUUUGAAUAUAAAGAUUUGGAAGAAGAUUUCACUCAUGGCUUCAUGUUGACUCAACAUUUGUUAACUCACACAGAAAAGACACCUUGUAUCAGUAAACAGUGUCCAAAAUCCCUUAGUGACCAGUCAUACCUUAAUCAACAUAAGCAAAUUCACACCAGAGGUAAAUCAUGUGAGUGCCAUCUGUGUGGAAAAGCCUUUAGUAAUUGCUCAAGCCUUAGGAGACAUGAGAUGACUCACACUGGAGAGAAACCAUAUGAAUGCCAUAUCUGUGGGAAUGCCUUUAUUCAAAGCUCAGACCUUAGAAAACACAAUCUAACUCACACUGGAGAGAAACCAUAUGAAUGUCAUCUAUGUGGGAAAGCCUUCAGUCAGUCCUCCAACCUCAGACAGCAUGAGAGAACACACACUGGAGAGCAGCCAUAUGAGUGUCACCUGUGUGGGAAAGCCUUCAGUAAAUGUUCUGCCCUCAGACGACAUGAAAGAACUCACACUGGAGAAAAACCAUAUGAAUGUCAUCUUUGUGGGAAAUCCUUCAGUCAGUGUUCUGCUCUUAGACGACACGAGGGAACCCACAAUGGAGAGAAAAUUAUGAAUGCCUUCAGUAAAUAUUCUGACCUUAGAUAACAUCGUAUUAUAAAUGUAAUGAAUGUGGGUGAGACUUCAACCAUAGCAUUAACAUUUAAACACACCUCUAGAGGACUUGCACAUUGAAGAAACUGUAAUCAAUGUAGAAGAUCCCUCAGUCAUUCUUCCUCAUUUGACAUACACCAGCUUAAAUGGAAGAAAUCCCUGUGUGUGACAACUGUGCAGCAGAACCACGAAAGAUGUAAGAGAACUCACUCUGUAAAUAUAAGGAAUGGAGAGGUCUUAAGCAACAGCUCUCAACCUGAAACACACUGUUGGGCCUGCACAAGGGAGCACCCCUAGCUCUGUGAGCACUGUGAACGGCACGCAGCCAGGCACCAGGUGUGGUGCACACAAGAAAACUCCGUGAAGUCUGAAUAAACACUAACACAAGAUGUAAGAGGAUGAAUGCUCUUGAGGAAUAACAGUGCAUAUUGCAGUGAGAAAUGAGAGACCCUUUGUUCACAGAGAGGCAUUUGGGGCAUGUGUGAAGAUUCGGACUGUAUACAGCACUCAGUGUCCGUGAUCACUCACUUCUCAGCCAACAUUAAGCUUCUUACCUGAGGAGAUAGCAGUCAGGAAACCACAGUGGCAGGAACUUGAGGCAGAUUUCGUAUCAGGAAACUAAGUCUAGGGAAAAACCUCUAAAAUUAGAGCCUUUAACAUACAAUGUAACCAGUAAUUCAGGGUUUUGAGAAAAAUAUUCAUGGGGAAAAUAUGGCAUAUAAAUACAAAAAGGUAAAGUUGGUUUAAGCAUAUUGAAUACAGAAUUUUCUAAAACGUAAAACUUUUUCAAUACAUUUCCUGUAAAUAUUUAAUUAAUAAACCUUGUUG